CGGCAGUCGUCAUGGACGACAUUCUGGUGUAUGAGUCUACAGCGGAGGAGCAUGAUCAGCGUUUAAGUUGUGUGCUGCAGGCUAUCAAAGAGUCUGGGCUGAAGAUAAAUAAAGAGAAAUGCCAUUUUAGGAAAACUGAAUUAUGUUACUUUGGGCACAUCAUCAAUGGGGAUGGCAUCAAGCCAGACCCCGAGAAAAUUCGUACUAUUGAACAGAUAAAAAGUUCUUCUGAUGUACAUGAGCUGAGACAGAUAUUGGGACUUGUAAAUUAUGUGGGCAAGUUUCUUCCAGAUUUAUCAACAGUUCUACACCCUAUCACAGAGUUGCUAAAGAAAGACGUUGCCUUGGUCUGGGGACCUUCACAAGAAAAAGCUUUUAUGCAGGCCAAGUCCCUGCUGGGGUCUGCCCCAGUGCUGGGGUUCUACGACCCUUCCAAAAAGACUGUGGUUAGUGCUGAUGCAAGCAGUUAUGGGUUAGGGGCUGUUCUCCUGCAGUUAAAUGAAAAUAAACUACAGCCCAUCGCCUAUUGUUCCAGCACACUGACGGCUGCAGAGUCAAAAUACGCUCAAAUUGAGAAAGAGUGCCUGGCUGCAGUUUGGGCCUGUGAGCUCUUUCAGUGUUAUCUAGUGGGUUUGGAGAAAUUUAGUCUGGAGACUGACCACAAACCGCUAGUCCCUCUAAUCAACUCUUAUGAUAUUGACAAAACACCCUUAAGAUGCCAGAGACUUUUAAUGAGACUGCUCAGGUUCAAUGUUCAGGCAGUGCAUGUGCCGGGGAAACAACUGGUUGUGGCGGAUACACUAUCCAGGCUCCUGCUGGCUGCUGCUGAAGAAUCCUCCACUGAAUCUGAUGUGAAAGUGUAUGUUGAUUCAGUUCUGGCCUCUAAGUCCAUUUCUUCAAGGAAACUGGAGGAGAUAAAGAAAGAGACAUAUUUGGACACAGAUCUGCAAGAGGUUAUAAAGUACAUAAAAGAAGGCUGGCCCGAGAGCCGGGCAGCCUGGAUGUCUUUAAGUUCUUACCAGCCAGAGAGGUCGCAGCUCACGGAGCUGGAGGGGUUGGUGCUGUUCCAAGACCGCAUUGUUAUUCCUGUCAGCAUGAGGAAGGAGAUGUUAAACAGGAUUCACGAUGGCCACUUAGGCAUUACAAAGUGCAGAGAAAGGGCAGCUACAGCUGUGUGGUGGCCUGGGAUCAGCUCCGACAUUGCAAAUCACGUGUCUAAAUGUGCCUUUUGCCGGGAACGCCGGACUACUCAGAGAAGGGAGCCCUUGAUUUCUACUCCGCUGCCUGCGGGGCCGUGGCAGAAAAUAGCUGCUGAUUUGUGUGAACUGCACGGGAAAAAGUUCCUUGUUAUGAUCGACUACUAUUCCAGGUAUUUGGAAAUUGCACCUCUGAAUGAUAUCACAAGUCAAGCUGUUAUCAUUCGUCUGAAGAGCUUGUUUGCCCGGUGGGACAUUCCAAUGGAGCUGGUGAGUGAUAAUGGUAUGCAGUUCGCUUCUACAGAGUUCAGUGCUUUCAGCAGGGAAUAUGAAUUUGUACAUUCCACGUCAAGUCCACAUUAUCCGCAGGCCAACGGAAUGGCUGAAAGGGCAGUUCAAACAACAAAAUUCAUUCUAAAGCAAUCUGAGUCGUACCUAGCCCUCUUGUCAUACAGGGCGACGCCCAUUCAAGCCACCGGGUUUAGCCCGGCACAGCUGAUGCUAGGACGCCAGGUUCGCACCACUUUACCCUCAGUGGGUGUCUUCAAGCCGUCUGGCCCUGUUCCUCAGGACGAAGUCCUUAGGAGGGAUGAAGAGGCCAAAAAGGGUUAUCGUUUCUUCUACGCAGGAGACAUUCUGUCAGGCCCUUACAGGAACUGAAUGUGGGGCAAAGUGUCAGAAUUAAACUGGAUGAUGAGAAGAAAUGGAAGACGCCUGCUAUGGUAAUUGGACACUCUCCAGAACCAAGGUCUUAUACAGUCCUUACUGAUGGAGGGACGGUUACACGCCGUAACCGAAGACAUCUUCAGCCUCUACCUGAGAGUCUGGAACCGGAUGCCUCAGUACCACCGCCGGUGGGAUCCCCUGUUCUAAGAGAGGUGCCUUCCCCUCAGCAAGAUCACAGCAGGGAUAUAUCUUUGCCUCCAGCGGACUCUUAUUCACCAUCUUCUGUAUCAGAGGACAGUUAAUGCAAAGUUACAUCAAGCAGAAGAGUGGUGAAACUUCCGGCCCAAUAUAGGGACUGACUUUAGCUAGAACAGUGACCGGAAGUUUGGGCAGAAUAAUCCCAUGGUCACUGUGGACUAGGGUAGUCUACCCCGAUGUCCAAGUCAGGAUGUAAUUUAUGUGUUUAUAUUUUCUGAAGCUAUUUGUUUAUAUAUUGUUCGAAAAAAUGAUGUUGUUGUAUACUCUGUUCGUAUACCUUGUUAUUUGUUAUAUUCAAAUGUAUGCUUCGCCUUUGAAAAAGGGGAAGAUGUGAUGAGAGCAGGAUGUGAUGUCACUAGUUUGGGGGUGGGGCUUAGGUCCGGUAGUCUGUGUCGCAGUUAGUUAGUACAAUGAACCUGAAUAGAUGUAUGUUGCUGUGCUCUGUAAUAAAAUAGAGUUGUACCAUCAUUGCUGUGUCCUGCAUAUGUCCUGCAUCUCAUGACAGGAUUAUUGACUGUAUAGGGGGAAGGGGGGUGAACCCGAGCAGACCCUCUAGUAAUGGUAUUAGGCCUUUUCUUAGACACUGGGGUUAUCAUGUCAGGCCUGUCUCUAAACAGCACAGGCGAUUCCUCUAUUUGUCCCACCACUUGUAUUCCCUGAUCUACCCCUGCAACACUAGUUUGGCUCCCUUGUGCACUUGAGGCCUCAAUGCUAGGAGGCCUGACCAGUGCCUCAGUGGCAUAGGCCGAUCCAGUGCAGCUAACUUCAUGAACCUCAGCAACUGUUGUAAAUGAUCUAUAUAUAUUACUGUGUGCUGCAUCAGCUAAGCUAGAAUAUUGUGUGUCUGGGACAAAAUCAUCUAACUCCUCCAAAUUAUCCAUGUCACUUAUCUGCUUUUCCUUUCCAGGAGCAUGGAAUCGUUGUGGAGGAAGUCUGGUUCUUCUGGGACGCUACAUGAAGAAGUUUUGAAUCACAGCAAACACUGCAAAAACGUCUCUGCUAAGGAUCCAGGAAGAAGAGGGCCAGGAAGCUGUGUUGCAAGCUUUUAAGCAAUUACCGAAACCUGGCUUUCUCCUUCCGACACAGUUUCCACUGCUGCUCUCACACAUGGUGGUCUUCACUUUAGCCAUACCCCUAGGCCAGAUCUACACCUGUUCUGUGGGCGCAGAUGAAUGAAGAGGACCGCCAGAAGGCCGUAGAUAACAAGAACCAGAAGCAGGGGAGCCCUUCCUCUUUGUAUUCCAGCCCAUGGAGUUGUUUUUGCCAACAGGGCCUCCAAGUUAAUGCCAUGUUCAACAAAUGACUGAUGGACAAGGGGUGGUGCUGGGUUUGAAUUAUUGAUAAUAAAAAAUAACUAAUAGAAAUAA